CGCGGUUCCCGGGGUUUGGUGCGGCCUGUUUGUGCAGGAGAGAGAGUUGGGGUGUAAGUGACAUUUGUACAUUUUUAGUGGUGGGCUGCUAUCAAAUCAGAUCUUACAUCUGUCAUCUGUCCAAUCCAGCAUGUCCAAAGACCCAGAGAAGGGGCUGGAGACAAUGGAUGACGCCGAAAGUGAGCAGCAGCAGCAGCAACAGCAGCAACAACAGCAGCAGCAGGGGGAGAGUGGCAACGAGAGCGCCAGCGUGGCCGCCCAGCUGAUGCGCAACCCGCAGGUGUUGGCCGCGCUCCAGGGCCGGCUGGACGGCAUGAUCGGCUCACCAUCCGGCUACAUCGAGAGUUUACCCAAGGUUGUCAAGCGAAGGAUCAAAGCGCUGAAGAACCUUCAGCUGAAAGCCACCAACAUUGAAGCUGCCUUUUAUGAGGAGGUGCACGCGUUGGAGUGUAAAUACCACAAACUGUACAUGCCUCUAUAUGAACAGCGCUCGUCGGUGGUGAGCGGCGAGUACGAGCCGACCGACGCCGAGUGCGAGUUCACGCUCGACGACGAGAUCAGCCUCGAAAUGGAGGACAAGGCCACCAUCGGCGACGGCGACGCCAAGCUACACGGCAUGGACGAGCACACCAAGGGCAUCCCCGACUUCUGGCUGACCGUCUGCAAGAACGUGGAGCUGCUUUCGGAGCUGAUCCGGGAGCACGACGAACCCAUCCUCAAACACCUCACCGACAUCACGGUGGCGUUCUCCGAGAAGGAGCCCAUGGGCUUCACGCUCGAGUUCCACUUCUCGUCCAACGAGCACUUCACCAACACGGUGCUGACGAAGGAGUACUUCAUGAAGUGCCGGCCCGACGACAAGGAGCCGUUCACGUUCGAGGGCCCCGAGAUCUACAAGUGCAAGGGCUGUACGAUAGACUGGCAGAAGGGCAAGAACAUCACGCUCAAGACGAUCAAGAAGAAGCAGAAGCACAAGUCGCGCGGCAGCACGCGCACCGUCACCAAGACGGUGCAGAACGACUCGUUCUUCAACUUCUUCAACCCGCCGUCCGUACCGGACGACCCGGACGCGGACGUGGACGAGGAGGUGCAGGGCCAGCUGACUGCCGACUUUGAGAUCGGUCACUAUAUCCGCGAGCGCAUCGUGCCGCGCGCCGUGCUCUACUUCACCGGCGAGGCGCUUGAGGAGGACGACUACGACGACGAGGAGGAAGAGGAGGACGGCGACGAGGGCAGCGAGGAGGACAUGGACGACGAGGAGGACCCCGACUUCGACCCCAAGAAAGCCAGAGCGCCAGGCGGCAAAGCCGGCGACCCGCAGGAGUGUAAACAGCAAUAGACGCCUCGGCCGCGCCCGCUGUCCUGUCGGGUGGCCCCAUUCCUGAUUCACAUUCGCCCCCGGCCCCCACGCCCCCGAUUGCUGACACUGACGCCCGGUGUUCUGAUGUGUGUUGAUGUACUUCUGCGAUAGCCGACCGCCGGCGUCGCUUGCGCCGGCCGGCCCAUAAUAAAUCUUCGUUCUGUG